AUGCGUUACGACGCCAUCUCCGUUCUCGCGGCCUUCAUCGCCAUUGCCGGUCUGGACAUCGUCACUGCCCAGGAUGCCGACACCCCCGUGGACCGACCGCGCUUCUACUUCCCCAAGGAAAUCAAGCGGACCAUUCGCAACAGUGCCCGGAGCGCUGAUAACAGCCCUGGUUCGUUCUUGAACAGCAUCUUCGACGACAUUGUCCCCACCCAGAGCUCCGUCGCGCCAGAGGUUACGCCCACACCCGAGCCCUCCUCCGCCGCCGCCGCCCAGGAACCGCAGGGACACGAAGUUGUGGUGGUGACCAUCUCUGUCGACCCCAAGAACCCAGAGAUCACCCACCGCAUCACUGGGACCACUACCGUUGGUGGAGAGCCGACUACGACCCUCACAACGACCACCCAACAGACCGAAGCUGCCAGUACUGAUAACACCAGCAAGCAGGCAGCGGCCGUCGAUUCAUCCAAGGCCUCGAGCGCACCUGCUUCAACCUCUAGCGACAAUCUGCUCGGUGAUCUCGGUUCAGGCCUCGGCAACCUUCUUGGUGGAGACUCUACAACCUCGACCUCGACCUCGACUCCGGUGGCCGCGGCCGCUGCUACUUCGACCGCAGCUCCCACCACUGAACAGGUCACAUCGACACCUGCCCAGGUUUCCUCCACCCCGGCGUCGACUUCCAGUUCUAGUGGUAACAUCAUCGGUGACCUGGGUAACGACGUUGGUGACCUCCUCGGUGUAGGAGGCUCCACAACUUCCACCGCGGCCUCUGCGGCCUCUGCAGCAGCCGCCUCAAGCGCGCCUGCUUCUGCUACCACAUCUACUGCAGCAGCUGCCACCACCACGACCAGUGGUAACAUUUUUGGUGAUAUCAAUUCCGGCCUGAGUGGACUGCUGGGUGGGGACUCCACAACUUCCACUGCAGCUUCUGCGGCCUCUUCCGCUACCGCUGCGGCUGCCUCUACCGAUGCCUCGACCACCCCCGCUUCGUCUGCCACUCCCUCUUCUAGCGGCAACAUCCUCAGUGACCUGGGCUCGGAUGUGGGUGAUCUUCUUGGCGUGAACUCGAAGACUUCGUCUACUGCCUCGACCGCGGGCUCUUCUGACUCCGCAGCCAAGGCAUCGACUACCCCGGCUUCCACCCCGCUCACCUCCAGCAGCAGCAGCGACAACAUCUUUGGUGAUAUCGGUUCAGGUCUUGGAGGCCUCCUGGGCGGCUCAACCACCAGCUCUUCUGCCACUCCUACUGGUUCCAGCGUUCAGAGCCCAGAGUCCAGCAAGGCUAGCUCCACCAGCUCUGGAUCCGAUCUUCUGGACCUCCUGGGUCUGGGCGGCGACAAGAACAGCACCAGUGCUACUCCUUCUGGUACUGCUGGUCAGUCCACUAUCCCAGUCAGCGUUCCCGCUUCUGCCACUACCUCAGCCACACCCACACCCACUGGUGACCUCCUCGGCGGCAUUGGAUCUGGCUUGGAAUCACUCCUCGGUCUCAACACGACUGCCACUGGAAGCACCGGCCUCAUCCCGACUGCUCCCAAGUCAACUGGUCUCAUUCCUACUUUCCCGACUAUCGGAUUUGGAGGCAGCAGCACCGCUUUGAUCCCAACUCCCACCAACCCCAUCGGAACCAUCCCCACGCCCCACGCAUCUGGCUCUGAAACUUCUGCUACUUCCGGUGCUGGAUCUGGAUCUGGAUCUGCCUCGGUCCCUGUUCUAGGAACAACUGCCUCCGCUCCCGGAUCUGGUGCCCACGAAACCCCCAAGGUUCCCACGCCCACUUCCCACGUUGCUUCCAUUCCUCUCUCGACCAGCGAACCCACCACAACCAAGACUCAGACCCCCGUGGAGCCCCAGACCACCGAGACUGAGACUCCCACUCCUUCCACCACCAAUGACAACGAUUGGAUUCCCUCGACCAUCCUGAUCGUGCCAACCAUUGCCACCACUCAGAGCACCACCUCUGGUGAGACCGCUAAGCCCACGGCAACCUCGCUCCCUGGCUCCAUCACCCCUUCGAACGAAGUAACCGAGGCUCCAUCUGACUCUAUCCUGCUCCAGCUUGGUUUCAACGGCCAGCUGCCAUGGUCAUUUGUCGCCACCACGGCCUUGUCCUCGUCGCAGAUCUUCAACUACACUCCUCAGGCCAUUGAGAACGCUCUGCCCACUCUCUCGGCCAAGGAUGCCCCUGUCAUGUUCGCCAUUGAGCCCUACUACAACUGGCAGGCCACUGGUUACAACGCGACUCUUGCCAUCUUCUACUUCCCUCGCGACAAGGUCGAAGCUCUGAGAGCUCUCAAGUCCAACCCCAACUCAGCUCUCUACAACCAGGCUAGCGAAUCCAUCCAGUCCCUGAUGAACAUGGUUGACUCGACGAUUCCCCUCGAGUUCUCGGGCAACUACCCCAGCAGCAACGGUGACUCCACUGGCAGCGACGGCAGUGACGGUGGCGAGGACGGCAACAACGAUGGUGGUAACAACACCAACAGUGAUGGCUCCGCCAGCAGCUCCAAGACCAAGGCCAGCUCUGUUGGCAUCGGAGUCGGUGUCGUCGCUGGUGCCGCCGCCUACGGUGCCGGUAUGUUCUGGGUUGCCCGCCGCUACCGCAAGAGAAAGCAGUUGCACCAGCGCUCCAGCUCCACCGUGGAGCAGAUGAGCCAGGGUGGCUCCGCUGCCGGCUCUAUGUUCGCUGCCGGUGGCCGUGCCCCCAGCCAUGGUAGCCGUGGUACCGCCCGCUCCCAGAUGAUCAGUGCUCCCGUCAUGGCGGAGAACUCCCUGGGAUGGAACUAA